AUGGCUCAAUUCGAUUGGUUCAGUAAAAUCGGCGCUACGCCCCAGGCCGUCGCUGCCCUCAACGACCAGCCAUACCUGUUCACCAUCCUCGUCGUCGUGCUCCUCAUCCUCAUCCUGGAAGGCGUCUUCAUCUGGUACAUCCACUUCGCCACGUUGAAACCCGAGCAGAAGAAAAAGAAGGAGCCAAAGGGCGGCAAGGGCGGAGCCAAGAACCUCGACCGGGAAACGGAGUGUCAUCGGCUUCACGGAACUUAG